CAACAAUCAGAGUAUGAAUCUCAACAACGGUGACAAACAGCAUACCGUAAAACUUCAAAUAAUAGCCGAGUCCCAAAUAGACGCCUGUCUCUUUUAAACGCCUGGUGUGACAACAGGUUUGGGUAAAUAAAGGCCGGUCUCAAAUAGAGGCCUGGGGCCUGUUGCACAAAAGUAGAAUUAAGACAUCCGGGAUAAAUGACUAAGCUGAGCUCAAUAAAGCCAAAACAUGUGCGUCCAGGCUUAAUUGGUUGCACAAAGACCAAGCCAGGAUGAGCAGACACGGAUUCAUUAAGCCAGGUGAAACCAAUCCUGGAUAGGUGCGCGCUCACGGCUCACUCAAAUAGACCCCGCCACAGAUCACAGAUUAACUGAUUUACCAUGGCAACUAGAGCCGCGUACUUUUCCCCGUCGGAAGCACAAAUCCUCAUGGAGGCAUACGAGGAGGUAAAAGAUAUAAUUAAGAAGAAAGGCAACACCGCCACAGUGAUAAAGCAAAGAGAAAAAGCGUGGCAAAGUAUUGCAGACCGCCUGAAUGCGUAAGUAGUGCACAAUUACACACUCACCGCUCCGCUGAAACGUCACAAUUACAAAUCAAAUAUUUAAUUCACAUCUCCAAAAACGCAGUUGUACUGUAAUUAUGAAACGGUUCAUUUUUUUAUUGAAAUGCACUGCAUAUAUGAGUGAAAUUGUGUAACGUAACUCCAUCACACUGUAUAAAGCUAUGAUAUAUUAUUAUUAAAGCCUUACAUUAUUAUUUUACGUUACUACGCUCAGUGCGGUUUAAUAUUAGCCGUUGUACUCUGCUUAUUAUGUUGUCCACCGGUUUUUUUGUGUUUCCCCUGCUUUUAUUAAUGUAAAGCAGCUUUGACCGAAUGAAACAAUUGUGAAAAGUGCUAUAUAAAUAAAAUUUUCUUGAAUACAUAGAUGAGCUAUAAUAAUAAUCACUUUAAUUUAUAUAGCGCCUUUCAAAGGACCCAAGGUCGGUUGCUCACUGCACUGCAAAAAUGUCUUUCUUACUUAGUAUUUUUGUCUUGUUUUCAGUAAAAAAAAAAAAAAUCUAAAAAAAAUCUUAAAUAUUUUCUAGAGCAAAAUAACCUAGGAAAAUAAGCAAAAAACUCUGCCAGUGAAACAAGAGAACUUUUCUAAAAGUAAGUGUUUAUGGAAAAAGUAAACUUAUUUCAAGAGAAUUUUUCUUAUUAUAUUGACAGAUAUUUAAAUUUUUUGCUUGUUUUAAGCACACAUUUACUUGAAGUUUAUAUUUUUGGUCUAAACCUAUACUUAUUUUGCUAGGUCAUUUAGAAAAUCAAGAAAAUACAUCUUUAUUGUUUUUUUUUUAUUAUUUUUACUGAAAACAAUACAAAAAUACCAAGUCAUUUUUGUCAGUGUGACUCCAUUAAAUGUUCUUGUGAUAAAUAAUGUGUGUGUGCGCGUGUGAUGUAGAUUAAACAUGAACAGGCCAAAACGGACAUGGCAGCAGGUCAAAAUCAAAUACAAGAACAUUCUGCAGAAUGCAGUGAAAAAGAAUACCCACAGACAAGGCACGGGUGGUGGGUCACCAAAGGCUGACCUUACCCCAGCAGAGGACAUGGCCUUGGAGCUAAAUAAAGGCAGGCCCGUCUUAGAGGGGAUCCCUGGGGGGAAAGAGACGAGCAUAGGUCCCUCCCAAGAUGCCACCCGCUUCAUUCAAGUGUCUGGCAGCACUGUGUUCCUGUUAGAGCCACCAGCACAAGCACCAGACGAUGCUGAUCCAGGUGAAAGCCCCAGUGCAGCAGCAACAGCACAUGAUGGAGACGAUGAUGAGGAGGAGACCAUCUCUCUGGAUUCCAGAAGGCAUGAGGACCCAGAUGCUAUACAGUGGGAAAACCAGCCUGGCAACAUAAGCUCACAAGCUAUCAGAAAGUUGUAUGGCAACCACCUCCGGCGCCAAAUAGAACUGGCAGACAUAGACAUUCAGUACAAGAAGAAAAAGAUAGAAAAUCUUGCACUGGAGUCCGAAAUAAAAAAGAGGACAAUUAGGAAACUGGACCCUUGAAAUAAAAAAACUUGAGCGGGAGCAAUCAGUACAACCAAGUCAUCGUUAUAAGGCACCAGCCUCUUUUGCCCACCCCCCCAGCACCAGGUGUGGCCACUAGCCUAUAUGAAGGCCCAAAAUUGUGUGUUCCUUUCUGCUCUGACAAUGGCAUGCCCAUUCUUGCGAGAUGUGGUGGAUGAAGAAGCACUUGUGCUGAGGAGAGCCUUCAGGCGAGAAAGGGUCUUCAGGGACCGGUUGGACCCACUGGCCUUCCCUGAUGACCAUCUAUAUGAAAGAUGCAGGUUUUCUGCAGAUGGCAUCAGGUAUCUAUGCAGACUACUGGGUCCCAGGAUUAAGCACCGCACUGCACGGAGCCAUGCACUGAGUGUGGAGCAAAUGGUUUGUGUGGCCUUGCGCUUGUUUGCUAGUGGAGCCUUCCUGUACUCAGUGGGGGAUGCAGAACAGCUGAACAAGGCCACAAUUUGCCGCACAAUAAGGAGUGUGUGUCUGGCUAUCAAAGCAUUAGCAGAUGUCUUCAUCUCCUUCCCUGGCCACAGAAGACUCUGUGACAUGAAAGAGGAGUUCUAUAGGAUUGCUGGUUUCCCCAAUGUCAUUGGUGCAGUGGACUGCACACACAUAAGGAUAAAAGCCCCCUCAGGUGCCCAUGAGGCCGAUUUUGUGAAUAGGAAAUCCUUUCACAGCAUUAAUGUUCAGAUGGUCUGCAAUGCUGACUGUGUGAUCAGCAAUGUUGUGGCGAAAUGGCCUGGCUCAGUCCAUGACUCCAGAAUCUUUCGGGCCUCUGAAAUCUAUCAGUGCCUAUCACAAGGUGAAUUCUCUGGUGUGUUGCUGGGAGACCGGGGGUAUGGCUGCCAGCCUUUUCCCCUGACACCUUUCACAGACCCCCAGGAAGCACAGCAGGCCUACAACCAUGCCCAUGCCAGGACCAGGGCCAGAGUUGAAAUGACCUUUGGCCUCCUGAAGGCACGCUUUCACUGCCUUCACAAAUUAAGGGUCAACCCUGUUCGGGCAUGUGAUAUUACUGUGGCUUGUGCUGUCCUCCACAAUGUGGCCUGCCUGAGGAAGGAGAGGGCCCCCAGAGUGCCACCAGCCAUGGACUGGGACAAUCCGGCAAUCUUCCCUGAUGACGACAGUGGUCGGCUGCUGAGGGACCAAUAUGUGUUGAAUUAUUUUAGUUAGUAUGUGUGCUUUCAAUUUAGGUAAAAAAUGUCCUGCUGUGGCAGAGGAAAUAGGUUUUUUUUGGGUUGGUUUUUUUACGAAUUUGGCCUCUUAUGAUGUUUGUGCGGUAUACUGUGUGUAAUACAAGGCUGCAGGGAGGCUACUGCAUCCAUUCAUUUGUCUGUUCAGUUGAUGUGUAUGGAUUUGUCCUGCAUUUAUUUCAGUGUGCAGACAUCCAGGGUGUGUUAUAUACAGACCUUUGAAUGUGUAUGUAUCAUUUUGUAUAAUAUGCUUUGAUUCUGUGCUUUCCAUCUUGUAGAGUCACUGUGACUUCAGUUUCGAAAGGAGCUGAUAGUUUACCUGCUUUGUUUUGUCCUUAUUCAAUAAAGGAACAUAAUGU